AACGUCAGAAAAGUUACGAGUAGCUGGCAGUCAUGGACGCGGAAGUGUUGGGCCACAUCGAGUUUCUGAGAAACAAUGUUUCUGCGUUACGUAGUUUAGGGAAAGAAUGGGGUCUAGAAAACGAGGAGAUCGAAUCAUGUAUCGAUGAGGUAAUCGCAAAUAGCAAUGACAAAGCUAAAGUCAAGCCGACAAUCACGUCAACUGGGAGAAACAUAUGGUCACUCAUUCGAUUCAGCAUCAAGUUUUGGUUGGUGGUGUUUGUCCUGAUAUGCGCUUCCUGUACGUGCCUCUUUCUGGUUGCCAGCUACAACAACGAUGUUGAGAGUUUUGUUUCAAGAACCCUGCAGCCUUAUGGUUACGACAUAUUUCGAUAUGUCAGAUUGGCAGGCCUACCACUGCACGACCUGUUCAACAUAACUGAGUACUAUGAUGCCGAGUGUCUAGUUGAGAAUCCUUACUUCACGGAACCAGAGAUAUCCUGUGUGUACUGUGAGGGGACCUCAUCACUGAUGAUCUUCAAGACGCUCAAUGUUAGCCUUGUGGCCUUGCUCCUAGACAACAGACAACCACUUUUACAUCAGGGUGGGUUCCCGACUAAGGUUACAUACAGUGACCUGCGUGAUACUUACCUACAUAACAGGGACGUGUUUGAUGGAGAAUCUCAUCAAGUGGAGUCAACACAGGACAUUGUGCAGUCCCUCCCUGAUCUGUUUGGUAGUGACAUGGAGGACACUAUCAGCACCACAGAGUCCUUCGGGAUCAGAUGGUUUUCUAAGGGAGUUAGAAGUAGCAAUCUGUUGAGGAAGGUGUUUCCUCGCCCGACAGUUGUUCCAGUCAACACAGAGAUUGCAGUGGACAAAAUCUUGUACCUGGAUGGUCCAGGCUCCCAGCAAUACCAAGUGGCUCGAGGGAAAUUCCCUCUAGCUGUAUACGUCCAGGCUAGUGGUAGAAGGAAGGCUGUACUUCGACCCCGGGACAACUGCCAAACACUCUGUCAGCUGUUCACUCUCAGCCUUAAUGAGAGGGAUAUAUUGUUGUUUGACCAAGCUCUGUGGCACCUGUUCCUCCUACCUAACACAGAAGGGACCAGUGUUGGCUUUUCCAGUACAUUUACAGAAUGACUUCAGAUAUACAACAUAUUUGUCAACAUGUUUAAAUUAAACAGCAGUGGCAUAAGUAAAACUGUGUAUCAAAAUUAAAUUAUUGAUUUGAAAAGCA